AUGAAGGGGAUGAGAUCAACUGGUUCAACAACAUUCCUCUUCAUCAUUUUCUGGCUUUCUGCCAUUCAUCAUGGACUUCUGCAUGUUUGUGCAAAUGGCGAGCAUACCAUUAGGUUACCGCUAGUUCACAAGUACUCUCCUCAUUUCAAAGGAGGAGUUGGUUUGAUCAAUAAAACAGAUAUAGAUGUCAUGAAAGAGCUUCAUCUCCAUGACAUAAUUCGCCGGCAAACGAUUUUCCUGAGGAACAAUAGGGAUGGUCGUCAAAUCCCAAGGCGAAAGGACGCAGAAACCAACUCAUCAUCCCUGUCAUUCCCGGUGCAUUCUGGUUACGAUAUUAUGUCGGGGUUGUAUAUGGUCGAGGUAAAAAUUGGAACACCUACCAAAAGUUUCUAUUUGAUUGCAGAUACAGCUAGUGACUUGAAUUGGGUGGAUUGCAAAUAUGAUUGGACGUUGAAAAAUGAGGCUAAACAGAAACUAUUAGACGAGGCGAAGAGAAACCAUCAUGCCGAUCAAAGGAAGCCUUUACAUUUUCUCAAGAAAGGUAGGGUAUUUCGUGCUGAUCUAUCAUCGACCUUUAAACCUAUUGCAUGCUCCAAUCCUCUGUGCAAGAAUGACCUUGUACAGAUGCAUGCUUAUCCAUACUGCCCAACGCCAACGUCGCCAUGCAGAUACAACUACACCUAUAUGGGAGGUAAUAGGGCAGAAGGUUUCUUUGGGUAUGACACUAUUACAGUACCCGUCGCAAAUGGUGGCAAAACAAAUCAUUUACCUAAUAUGCUGAUUGGCUGCUCAGAGGUCACAUAUCAACUAGACGAAGGUGAUGGCAUUUUGGGUUUAGGCUUCGGUGACUACUCAUUCCCCGAGUCACUAGUUUCUACUAAGGUUGCCGGCAAGUUCUCUUAUUGCCUAAUGAAUCAUAUGAGCAACUCGAGUGUGGCAAGUUAUCUUACGAUUGGUCCCAAUAACCAAGCUGUUACAAGCCCUAUGAGGUACACAGAAUUGGUUAUGAAGGACGCCAGGGGCCUCAAGACUGGUAACUAUGGCGCAAAACUAUCAGGCAUCUCAAUCGGUGGCACAUUAUUGAAGAUACCAAGUCGAGUAUGGGAUGAAAUGACGAGUCUUGGUGGUAUAAUAUUUGAUUCAGGCUCGACCAACACAUGGCUAGCCCCACCAAUUUACAGAGCUGUCAUGGACGAACUGAUAAAAUCCUUGUCAAAAUAUCAGAAAAUCAAGAUAGAUGCCGUCCCAUUUGAUUUCUGUUUCGUUGAUAAAGGAUAUGACGAGUCUUUGGUGCCAAGACUUGCAUUUCAUUUUGCAGGUAAUGUUAUAUUUGAGCCACCGGUAAGAAACUAUGUUUUGAGUGUGAGAGACAAGGUCAAGUGUCUAGGGUUUGUUCCAGCUUUCGAUGGCCAGUCUAUGAUUGGCAACCAAAUGCAGCAAAACCAUCUCUGGGAAUUCAAUGUUUUAGGUGGUAAACUGGGUUUUGCUCCUGCCAUCUGCAACUUGUAA